UAUGGGUUAUUGUGUUGUGUGAUUGUAUCAUAUUUCUCUGUUUUUUCGAGAAACAAAAACAAUGGAGACGAUAAAGGUUACUUCUUUCGAUCGUGCCAGUGAGCUUAAAGCUUUCGAUGAGACGAAAACGGGAGUGAAAGGACUCGUCGACGCCGGAGUUUCAAAGAUUCCACGCAUCUUCCAUCACCCACCUGCCAAAUUAUCAAACCCUAAACCACUUCCUUCGGACUUGCUACAUCUCAAGACGAUCCCAACGAUCGAUCUCAGAGGACGGGUGUUCGAGGACGUGAUAAGCCGCAAGAACGCGGUUGAAGGGAUCAAAGAAGCAGCAGCCAAGUGGGGUUUCUUCCAAGUGAUUAACCAUGGAGUUUCUCUUGAUCUUCUUGAGAGGAUGAAAGAAGGAGUUCGUAACUUUCACGAGCAGUCCCCUGAAGUGAGGAAAGACUUCUACACUCGCGAUUUCAGCAGAAGGUUUAUGUAUUUAAGUAAUUUCGAUCUCUUCAGUUCUCCAGCUGCAAAUUGGAGAGACACUUUCGCUUGUACCAUGGCUCCAAAUCCUCCGGAACCACAUGAUCUGCCAGAGGCUUGUAGGGAUGUUAUGAUCGAAUACGCAAAGCAAGCCAUGAAAUUGGGUGAGUUUCUCUUUGAGCUUUUAUCUGAAGCUUUAGGGUUGAACUCUAAUCACCUCAAGGACUUGGAUUGCUCCAAGGGUUUGCUCAUGCUCUCCCAUUACUACCCACCGUGUCCAGAGCCUGACCAAACUUUAGGCACAAGUCAGCACGCCGACAACUCUUUCCUUACCGUCCUUCUUCCAGAUCAGAUCGAAGGGCUUCAGGUUCGUCGCGAAGGCUAUUGGUUCGAUGUUCCUCAUGUUUCCGGCGCUCUCAUCAUCAACAUCGGAGAUCUUUUACAGCUUAUAACAAACGACAAAUUCAUCAGUUUGGAGCAUAGAGUAUUGGCGAACAGAUCCUCAAGAGCUCGAGUCUCUGUCGCAUGUUUCUUUACCACCGGCAUGAGACCGAACCCUACAAUGUACGGACCCAUUAGAGAGCUUGUGUCUGAAGCAAACCCUCCAAAGUACAGAGAGACAACCAUUAGAGAAUAUGCUACUCACUUCAAUGCUAAAGGACUUGACGGAACCUCUGCUUUGCUUCAUUUUAAAAUAUGAACACACGUAUCCAACAUUAAAAUAUAUGUAAUAUUACUCAAGUGAGAGACCAAUACAGUGCUUGGUGAAGAAAAAAUUCCCAAGGGGUUCAUAAACGUCUCUGUUUAUACUUUAUUUUGAUAUCUUCAAAGCUCUUUAAAAAGCCCGAAACAAGAGUAUUUCAUUUGCU